UGUUACUUCCUUCUCUAGAAAUGGAUUCUGAAGCCCUUAAAAAAUACUCAGCAUUACACCCUAAACCUGCUGGACUUACUCUUCAGUAUGGCACUGCUGGAUUUCGCACCAAGGCUGAACAGCUUGAUCACGUCAUGUUCCGCAUGGGCUUGCUGGCAGUUCUCAGGUCCAAAGCUGUGAUAUCUACUAUUGGCGUCAUGGUUACGGCAUCUCACAAUCCUGAAGAAGAUAAUGGCGUAAAGCUGGUUGACCCUCUUGGAGAAAUGCUGCACCCUUCCUGGGAAGAGUAUGCUACACAACUAGCAAAUGCAGAGGAGGGAGAAUUACAGACAGUAAUAACAGAGAUCUGCCAAAAAGCAGCAGUGAACCAUCACAAAGAUGCUUCAGUUUUUAUUGGUAGAGACACAAGGCCAAGCAGCAAGAAACUUUCACAGUCAGUAAUAGAUGGUAUCUCUGUUCUGGGUGGCCAGUACCAUGACUAUGGUCUGGUGACAACACCACAGCUACAUUACAUGGUCUGCUGUCGAAACACCCAAGGGCAGUAUGGGAAAGCAACACUUGAAGGUUAUUACGAAAAACUAUCGAGGGCUUUUACGGAACUGAUAAAACAGUCUCCCAGCUCUGGCGAGAGUCAGAGGCACCUGAAGAUUGACUGUGCCAAUGGAAUAGGAGCCCUGAAACUAUCAGAAAUGAAGUCCUACUUUCCAGAGGAGGUGCUAAUUCACCUGUAUAAUGAUGGAACCAAGGAGAAACUCAAUCACUUAUGUGGUGCAGAUUUUGUGAAAGUUCACCAGAAACCCCCUAGAGGGCUAGACAUGAAGCCCAAUGAGAGAUGCUGCUCAUUUGAUGGCGAUGCAGAUAGAAUUGUCUAUUACUAUAAGGACACAACUGGCCAUUUUCACCUAAUUGAUGGAGAUAAAAUAGCAACUUUAAUUAGUAUCUUCCUUAAAGAACUUCUUGCCAAGGUGGGUCCGACCUUAAAGAUGGCAGUGGUGCAAACAGCAUAUGCCAAUGGGAGUUCAACACGCUACCUUGAAGAAACACUGAAGGUACCUGUGCACUGCGUCAAAACAGGAGUGAAACACUUGCAUCACAAGGCCCAGGAGUUUGAUGUUGGUGUUUAUUUUGAGGCAAAUGGACAUGGUACAGUAUUAUUUAGUAAAGCUGCUGAAACUAAAAUAAGACAACUGGCAAAAGAGGAGAAAGAUGAUGAAAAAAGAGAAGCAGCGAAGGUGCUUGAAAACAUGAUUCACUUGAUUAAUCAGACAGUUGGUGAUGCUAUUUCAGACAUGUUGGUUAUUGAAGCAAUCCUGGCUUUGAAAGGUCUGACCGUGCAACAGUGGGAUGCCAUCUACACUGACCUUCCGAAUCGGCUGCUCAAAGUUCAGGUUGCAGACAGGCGAGUGAUUGACACAACAGAUGCAGAAAGGCGUGCAGUUGCACCUCCGGGACUACAGGAGAAAAUCGAUGCACUUGUAAAGAACUACAAAUUGUCCCGAGCAUUUGUCCGUCCAUCAGGAACAGAAGAUGUUGUUAGAAUAUACGCUGAAGCAGACACACAGGAGAAUGCAGAUGCCCUCGCCCAUGAAGUAAGCCUGGCUGUUUACCACCUCGCUGGUGGAAAAGGAGCACCACCCCAGCCUAUAUAACAAAUGGCCAACGAGACCAAGUGGACCAUUCCCUCCUUCCCCCAACCUUGCCGCACUGCAAGGACAGGCUACUUGCAUUAUAAAGGAAAUCAAGGUUUCUGUCCUUAAACCUUCAGUCCAAGCCUCCAUGAGAAUGCCAUAAAAGACAGUGUGAUUCAGCAUGACUAUUGUUCUUCCAGAAAUGCACAGUAAUAACCUAACUAAAACUAGGUUGGCUAAUAAUGGUGAUUAGAACAGCUUAGAGAACUGAACAAAAAUUAGGAGCCAAAUCCCCAGAAAAUAAAAUGAAGGAAGGAACCUUCAAGAUUAGCUUUCAAUUUAGAAACACUACAGGGCACAAACUGACACCAUCUAUGACAGUCCUUCCACCCUCUAACCCACACAAGCAUCUUUUAAAUAACAGAAUAAUUAGAGGCGACUAAAUGUCUACAGAGCUGUGCCAAGACAGCAGCUCUCACAUGGUUACUACUGUGCAGUAUAAAGGAAGAGACAAGAUACCUUUUGUCCUUGGUGGCCUCUCAUUUCUAGGUUCUUCAGCAAGUGCCAGUUGGUUUGCAUUCAUUUUAUUCCAACAGAACUGAGUUACAGAGGCACUGAGGAAGUAGUCUGCACGCAUUAAUACUACUGACCAAGAAAAAUCUAUGGGGUCACCUUCACAAGCAGGUUUGUUGCAACACCUUCCAGACAGAUCAUGCAGGAGUAAUUUAAGUGAGUCAUGCUGAGAUGACAUACAGUUGUCUGAUCUCAUGCAUUAGUCACUGAGACGUGUGGGUGUAUUUUGAGUUCUUAGACAUUACUGCAACUAAAUACUUUAAGAAUAAAAUACUUGAAGAAUAAAUUACUAUUACUGAUUAGCUCACAAGUGUGGAGAAUCCCUUGCCCCAGGCUAAAUCAAACCAGCUUGAACUCAUCUGGUGUGUAGCAUCACUUGCUCUGGGGGCCUCUCUGAUACUGUGAGGAAAUGAACGGUGGACUGCUGUGGGUGAAGGCCAGAAAAGGAAAGGAAAUAGAAAACCAAAGAUUUUUGUACACUAAAAUCUUACCAAGAGGCUUGGACAAACAACCAAAAACUUAAAUGACAGUGUCUUCU